UUACAGCACAAUCCAGCCUAUCAAUAUGCUACAGUUAACUAUUCGGUUAGUUUUGUGGAUCCAAAAUAUAGAGAAUACUUGGAUGUUGGUGAAAAGAAAGCAAAAAAAAAGCAAGGUGGAUUCAGUCGAACGUUGCUUAAUUCAUAUUUAAAAGAAUUUAUGUGGAGAAAAGAAUUCGGUGAUUCACCACUGAAAAAUUUAAUUCUACAAGUUAAUACUCUUUUUCCUGUGAAUUAA